GCCGUCGACCAAUCUGCUUAAGGUAAGACUACUUAGAUGUGGAACGUAGCCCUCUAUAUAUAUGUAUGUGUGUGUAUGCUUCAAGAUGCAUUGCUAAUUAAACAUUAUAUUUUAAACAAUAUUUUUUGUGCGUGUAGGAUGCGGCGCGCGUCAUCAAGCAGCGCAUCGAGUUCUAUGGCAGCGAGUCGCAGGAGUUCUCCGUGCUUUCGCUUGGGCCGAACCAAGACGAAGACUGAUUGCCCUGUAUCCUCUUUGCCGUAUCGAUGUAGACGUCGGCAUCUCAUGUUGCGGACAGAUUGUAAGUUGGGCUGUAAAACUGUAGCAAUUAAUUCUUGAAUUUUCGAAAGAUUAGAUAUCAAUACAUUGCAGAUUUUCAAUUUACAAAAAA